AUGACUCAACAAGAAGUAACCAUUGAACUUAAGGAAAAGCCAACUACUGAUGGUAGAGAAACUACUUAUACAGGAGCUUCUACCGGAAAUAAGACCAUUAUUGUCGAAAGAACCACCGACCCUCCCGGAUCUAACUUCUACAGGUACACUCAUAAGGUUUCUAAUGGAGAACAGCAAUUCACACUUGCGAGAGUACUAGGUGAUGAUAGUCAAAAAUUAGAAGGGAUUCCUCCUCAUAGUGGAUCUGAUGGAAAGGUGACCUCAGUUUCCGCUUACUAUUGGAAACGUGACAAUGGUACUCAGACACCUAAUAAGGUUCUCUUGAUAGAAGUGGUAUAUAGUGGACCAGAUAAAACUAAGUAUUAUAAGAAUACUAGUGGUACUGAGUGGGUUGAAACGUCCCUCCAAAAUGACCUAGAGAAGGUACUUGAUCAGCAAAACUGUUACAGCAAUAAUGCUGUGACCUUAGACCUUACCAGGAAUAAUUCAGAGGGCCAUAAGCAUGGUAAAGGAUACUGUUGCGAUGAACAUAGGGGUGAUCAGUACAAGGUCUCUGUUCAGGAAAUACCGGUUAACCAUCGUCAUAACCACGGAAAAUCUACAAGACUUUAUAAACAUUCUAUUACCAAUGGUGGACGGUUUGCAGGCAUCAAGUAUUAUGAGAAUGGUGACACAAAUAAUCCUAAGAAUAGGAAUAAUGUAAAGAUUCCCGGCCUUCAAAAUCCUGGAAAAGAUUCAGUAGACAUAUAUGCAUUAUACUCUGGCAAUAAUCAGGAACCGGAGCUUAUAUAUGUCAAUAGUGCUGGGGGUUCAGGUGUUACAGGAUGGUUUAAGAAGGGGAGUGGUACUAAUGGAGACUGGGAAAAGGCUGAUAAGCUCCAAAAUAUAACACCUGAUAACUUUAGAGACCUUGAGUGUAACGAAUGGAACGGAGUUGUUGGUGAACUUGACGGGUAUAGCGUCAGUAGUUUGCAAGAAUGUCAAGAAUAUAUUAAACAACAAGAAUUACGUGCUCAAGAAACUGUCAAUCUAGAACAACAACAACGUACUAAAGAAUCUGAAGAACAAGGGCAAGAGCUAGGACAAGGACUCCAAGAUGAAGAAGCCGAGAGGCGUAAGACAAAACAAGAGGGAGAACCUGCUUUUAAACUUCCUGCUGAUAAAGAAGAAUCUAGUAAUGACGCUAGGGGUCGUGAUGAUAAAGAUGGUCCUCCUGGUAAACAGGCUGGUAGAGAAUCAGAUUCUGGUCCUAGAUUUGCUGGAUAUAAAGAACUUCAAGAAAUUACUAAAGGGCAUACUGAUAACUCUCAACUUCGUCAACAACAAGAUCUUGAUUCAUCUUCUGGACAACACCAUCAACCUCCCGUUGUCCAAUCUGCUACUAAUGAUGACAAUGAUAUUACUGCUGGACUUCCUCUGCUCUUACUCAAACUCAACCUGGCCCUUCUGGCUCUGACUCUUCUGAAACUCCUACUGAAGAUUCUGCUGCUUCUGGAGAAACUGCUGAACUUGCUGGUGCCGGUCUAG